UAGUCAGAGACGAGCAGACAACACUGGAAUCACUGGUAUCAGUGGAAGAAGAAGAAGAAGAAGCUAACAAAAGUAAAGUAGAAGAAGCAGAAGAAGAGGGAAGGAAGCAACCGAAGAUGUCGAGCUUGAGGCAUUCACUUCUGGUUCUCUUCGUUUGCCUUGUGGCAUUGGCUGCUGUUGGCUCCGGUUCCGGUGCCGGAUCCGGCUCAGGCAAGGGGCGCAAAAAGGGCGGGGUAUGCCCGCCCACCAAGCUGAAGCGUCAGUGGGGCGGCAAGCCGGCGCGCAGCCUCAAUUAUCAGCUGCGGCCCAUACGCUACGUGGUCAUCCAUCACACGGUGACUGCGGAGUGCAGCGGCUUCGUUGAGUGCGCCGAGAUAUUACAGGGUAUGCAGGCGUAUCAUCAGACAGAGCUGGACUACUACGACAUUGGCUACAACUUUCUUAUAGGGAAUGAUGGACUUGUCUACGAAGGCACCGGCUGGGGUGUGAGAGGCUCCCAUACCUACGGCUACAAUGCGAACGGAACGGGCAUUGCCUUCAUCGGCAACUUUGUGGAUAAGUUGCCCUCGGCGGCUGCUUUGGAUGCCUGUCGAAAGCUGUUGGAAUGCGGCGUUAAGCUGGGCGAGCUGAGUGAGGAUUACUCAUUGAUUGGAGCAUCCCAGGUGACAAGCACAAUGAGUCCAGGUCUGACGCUGUAUAAUGAAAUACAGGAAUGGUCCCAUUGGCUGUCGAAUCCAUAGAGAGAGAGAGAGAGAGAGAGAGAGGAGAGAGAGAGAGAGAGAGAGAGACAUAUAGACCGAGACAGAGACGGAGAGAAAACACACACUUUUUUGUUUUGCAUUAAAGUGGGUUUUACCCACAGCGAAAUUGCAAAUCAUAUUCAUUAAAAAAGAAAAACAACAACAA